GACGCCGAACGGCGGGGGAUGCGCAUGUGCGCUGAGCGGGAGCAGCCCACUGGGCCUUCGCCGUCUUGUCCACGCUUCGCCUUCCCAGGGCAGGAUGCGGAGGAGCCUGGUUAGCGUGAGUUAAAUUGAUGCUGAAUAUGAACAAGGAUCUCAUGCGCCAGGCGGUGGGUUAUCACGGGCCCACGUUGUUAUCCCUUUUGAAAAGUGAGCAAUAUGAGAACCCAGACAUUCAAAGCGUUUCGGCCGAGUUCUUGAAAACAGCGCUGCAUCACAGAAAGGAUAGAAGAAUUGAUAAUAUUGGCAUACAGCAGUUCAUCGCAAGAAAAGCAGACCUUCUGUUUGCUCCGUCGUGGAAAUCAACUGUUAGUACUGAACUGAAUGAUGAAGAGACAGAAGAUUAUUAUGCAAUUAUGCCUCCUUUGGAACAGUUGAUGGAGGUUCCAAGUGAUGACAAAAGGCAGUACUUCUUCCGUGAUAUUGAACGUGGGGACAUUGUGAUUGGACGAGUUGCAUCUAUUCGUGAAUUUGGGUUCUUUCUAACAUUGAUCUGUCUUGGAGGGGAUCUCGGCCGGGACAUUGAAUCCUUGGAAAUAACGGCACUUUGUCCUGUAAGAGAUGUACCUUCACAUGGAAAACAUGAAGAUCCUUUGUCUUACUUUCAAGUAGGAGAUCUUGUAAGAGUUGUUGUAAAAGAUGUUGAUCGUUACCAUGAAAGACUUGCGGUAACUUUGCGCCCUUCGGUUCUUCCAACUCGCCUUUCUCAUUGGAAAUUGGGUGUUAUCAGUAGCGAAGAUCUUCCCACAUACUACAGGCGAAAUUCAACACUGGACAGUCAUGUUACAGAAACAUAUGACAGCGUUUUACACCACACACUUGGAUUUGCUAAUCCAUCAACAGUUGAAUAUUUAUUGGGCAAACUUGGAAUUAGUGAAAUUGAAUCGCCAUCCCUGAUGAGAGGGUUGCAGAGCAAAAAUUUUAUAGGAGAUGAUUAUGCUGCAGCUUUAAGGAAAAAACAGUCAGCAUCUUGGGCAUUAAAGUGUGUCAAGGCUGGGGUGGACCAUUUUAAAGCAGGACACCAUGUAGAUGCUAUGAAUGAGUACAACAAAGCUUUAGAAAUUGACAGCAAUAAUGUUGAAGCUCUUGUGGCUCGUGGUGCUCUCUAUGCAACAAAAGGAAGUCUAAGCAAAGCUAUUUCUGACUUUGACUUGGCUUUGGAAACCUGUCCAACACACAGGAAUGCAAAGAAAUAUCUCUGUCAGACUCUAGUGGAAAGAGGAGGCCAGUUAGAGGAAGAAGAAAAGUUGGUGAAUGCUGAGAAUUGCUAUAAAAAAGCAUUGAAUCUCGAUGAAACUUUCAGUGAGGCUGAGGAAGCUUUACAGAAGUUAAGGAAACACAUGCAGAAAUCACUUGAAAAAAAAACAAAAGAAACGAGAGAAGAAGAGAAAAAAAUCGAGGUGUCAAGUGCAGAGAAAUUGCGUAAGCUGUUAAAAGAAGAAAAAAGAAUGAAGAAAAAAAGAAAGAAAUCAACUUCAUCGUCUUCACCCGACUCACCUGAGUCUUCAUGGUCUAGUUCAUCAUCUUCACCUGAACGUUCUAGGAAACACAAAUCAACAAAGAAGCGACAGAGAAAACGUUCAGGUUCCUCACGUAGUCAGAAGAGGCGUUUAAGUAAAAGUUCAUGUGAUGAGAAAAUUUAUCAUAUGCAUACCAAUAAAAAAGAAUGGUAUACUCCUCCAGCUGAUACUUCAGCUUCCUUUCUGAAUCAGAAACAGGAAGUAGCAAAGUUGCUGGAGAAAAAUGAAAGUCCAGUUGACCAAUGGUCAGAAAUCAUGGAGAAAAGAAGGUACUGUUCAGUUUCUUCAUCAUCAGUUGAAAUUUUAGAUCCUCUUGAAGGUAGGUCUGAAGAUAACAGAAACUCUUUAUAUAGUUCAAGAACUCAUGAUAGUCAUUGUCAGCGUGACAAAAGGCACAAAACAGAUACAGGCAGGGGACUGUGUGACAAAAAAUCAAAUGACCAAGACAAAAUUAGGAAGUGGAGUCAAGAAUAUGAAUUUGAUAAUGAAAGCAUUAGUAAAACGUAUGAAAAAAGCAAUAGGAGCUACUUUGAGUCUUCGUGGUCAGAAUAUUCACAUUUAUCAGGUGACAAGUACCAACAUGAGAGGAAAGUUUCUCAGUUAAUUAAUUCCAAUAGCAAAGAUGAAAGAUGUGAUUAUGGAAAAAGUGGAGAUGGAAGAAAGAACUUUGUACAUGAAAGUAGCUCCAAGGACUGGAGAGAUGAAAGUGUAGAUAGACAUUACAGGGAAGAUAAAAGGGAAAAUUCCAAAGAAAACCCUCAUAAUCAUAAUGCUGCAACAGGGAAGGCAGUGAAAAGUAUGCCUCAAAACCUGCUGGAAAUUUUCAAUCAAAUUGCAGAGUUUGAGAAAGGCAAAGAAUAUGGAGGGGAAUGUAAGCAGAAAAACAAAUAGGUCGGCACUGUGGCAUGUUUUUCGAAGAAUAAUUUCCAACAAUACAUAUCCUUGUGAAAAGAAGUUGAAUACAUUGAAGAAACAAAUGCCAAGUUGGAGUUGUGAAUUCACUUCGAUAUUAUGCCCUCACAUUAAAGUAUGCAUUACCUGAUUUAUUUGGAUUACAUAGGUGAGUUAACUCAUUUGUUGAGAGUUUGCUUAGGCCUUUGUUAAUUCCUUAGUUGCUUAAUUAUUUCUUUUACAUCUACUUUAACAACUAAUGCAGUGAUCACUAAGAAGAGGUUAGUAUUUGUCUUCAUGUUUUUCUUUAAAUUGGUUUCAAAUAUGGUUUGUUAGAGUUGGAUUGAAUUUUAGGGUAUUAUGUAGUACAGAAACACAAUUCCAUUGUGGGGAGAUAAACAAAGAAAUGUUUUAGGUCAAGGGCCCUUCAUCAUAAUUGGAAAAGUGGGAAAACAAGAAUGUUUUAAGUUGCAAAGAAGGGGAAAGGGUUGAACACAUCCCUGUGAUGGAGUAAGACCAAACUUGUCAAGGUAUCAAUUACUUUAAAAACCGGCAGUUGGAGACAGAAGGGGGAGAAAGAAAGUAAAUUCCAACAGGAAGAUGUGGCCAUAUCUGUGAAACGGGGAAAAACUGGUGGUCACCUGAAUUGUUACGUUGUGUCUGACAGUGACAAAUUUCAGUUUUACAAGGAGAAAGAUGCAGAUAAGCAUUAUGUUGCAAUAUUAAGCAACAUCUCCUUCAACCUCUAUUGAGUGUGCACCCCACUAAAUUUAAGAGAGAUGGCAUUAAAUAUGGAUACUUCGUUGGUAUUCUACCAUAGGCUAGGAAGGUAGGUAGCACAGGAGUUUAUCAAUUAUAAAUAUUCAGCAAAUUUAGCAAGGGGUGGGGGUGGCAGGUUCAGAAAGAGAUGAGCAAUGCAAAAAAACGUUAUUUUCAUUACACAGAAAUGUGAUUCACUUGGAAAAGUGCACAAUGGAUUUUCUAGACUCACCACUUACUGUAUAUUCACUAUGUAAAACAUAAGAAAGAAGGAUGUACUUAAGGUCUUGCUGAGUAAAGUGGGAGGAAUGAAGAGGGAAAGGAAAGGGAGUUUUCUUUCAAAGUAGGUCAGUGUCUUAAAAACAUUGUUAAUUUUCCAUUAAUGUGCCUCUAACCUUGGUUCUGAUACUACACCUGUAACGAGCCAUAAUUUUAUACUAUAUUGCUGCAUUCUGUUAAGUAAAUAGUUUGAAAUUACUAGCUUUCCUUCCUCAGAAUAUGCAUAUUUCAGAAUACUUCAAUCCUAUUUGGUCCUUAUUGAUUACAGGUGCAUUAUCAUUGGCCUACAGUGUCACACUUGGCUAUGGAUGGAUUAACUUUAUUGUAUUAAAUAUUACUGCAUAAUGCAGACUAUAUUGUGCCAUGCUAAGAGUUUACUUUCAAACAUGGACUGUUAAAUUAAAAAAAAUACGCACUGUGUGCU